UAACUAGAGUUGCAUACGAAGACGAAAAGCUUGCAUAAAAUUCUGCUUUAUCAGGAUUAAUUUAUUAGUCUCAUCCCAAGCUCCAUGAAGUUAAUGCAUACGCAGUGCAAGAAAUUUUCUAGUGCGCACAAACUAAUUAAAUAAAUACAGUUCUACUUUGUAAACAAAGUAAAAUAUACAAAACUCGGUGGAAAAUGAUUAAAAACUUUGUGAUUUCAGUUCUCGUAACAGUUUUGGUAAUAACAAUUUCCGGACAAACCUUGUGCAAAAUUGGGGAAGAACUCUGUGAUGGGACCUGUUUCAAACCAGAGAGACUGAAAUGCAUCAAAAUAAUAGGAAAUACAACGGGUCGUGGCUACACUCCCGUUACCAUCAAACUCUGUCGACAUGAAGAAUCCCUAUGCGCAAGAGAAGGUCAUAGCGGACAUUGGGCCCACUGUUACGACCCCACUUUUGAAGAGUGUCAUGUUGUCAGGAGUGACGCUAAGGUGUGUCCCAAAGGCAGUAAAUUGUGUGGAACGCACUCCGCUGCCUGUUUCAAUCCGGAACUUCAGGAUUGUCUCAAGGACGAGGAGAGCAACAAUAAUAGUUCUCAAGAGGUCCUUUGUCACAAGGGGCAGAAAGUUUGCGGAAGUUCGUGCUACUGGCCCGGAUUCUAUAAUUGCUUGCGACCGAAAAAGUAGAGUUGCAUGUUUAACUCUUCCUCGAUAUAGAAUUUAGCUGAAAAGUUGGAAAACUGGUAAAAAUUAUGUUAAUUAUAAGCUCCACAUAAGCAUUGUUAAUUUUGAAUCUGUAGAGUAAAUUUGGCGAAGAAAUAAAUAUAAUUCUAUUGAGUA